CAAUAGGUACGAGCCAAGUAGCCAAUUAGAUGACCUCGUACUAUUACAAUAUGAAAGAUAUCGCAGCCUUAUUCACCAUAUUUAGGAGCAUCAUCAGCAAGUUUUUGCUUAGCUCCUAUCAUCAGGUUCUGAUAAUAUGGAAUUCUUCUAUAAACAUUCUCUACCUCUUCUUCUUUUCAUUCUUCAAUUGUUAUGCUUCAAAUCUAUAGGUCAAGCUUUGAACAGCAAUGUCACAGCUUUGUUAGUUUUUGGUGACUCCACGGUCGAUCCAGGAAACAAUAACAAUAUAAGAACGAUUUUUAAGGCAAAUUUUCGACCUUACGGGAGAGAAUUUGCAAACCAUACACCCACAGGAAGGUUCAGUGAUGGCCAGCUUACCACUGACUUUGUUGCUUCGUAUUUAGGCAUAAAAAAGUAUAUUCCACCGUAUUUGGAUCAAACUCUAAGCAUUCAGGAGCUGGUGACAGGAGUUAGCUUUGCGUCAGGCGCCUCUGGAUAUGAUCCACUUACGCCAACGCUAAGUAAUGUAAUUCCAAUGUCAAAGCAACUGGACUAUUUUAGAGAGUAUAAGAAAAAUAUUGAGCCAGCGAUUGGAAACCAAGGAAUCGAAAAUCAUAUCAAUAAUGCAGUGUUCGUCAUCAGUGCUGGUACAAACGACUUCGUUGUCAACUAUUAUACUGUACCAGUUAGACGACAGAGCUACAAUGUCUCAAGUUACCAGCAAUUCUUACUUCAACAGGUUAAAGAGUUCAUUCAGGGUUUGUGGGAUGAAGGGGCUCGAAAGAUAGCGGUGUGUGGGCUACCUCCAAUGGGCUGCUUGCCAAUUGUUGACACCUUUUCUUCCAACAAUACUUUCACCAAUCGUAGUUGUAUCGAACAGUAUUCCUCUGUGGCAAGAGAUUAUAAUCAAAUGCUUCAAACUGAAUUGGAUGAGAUGCAACAAAGUUCAGCAAAUCAUGGUGCCAAAAUCUAUUACGUUGACAUAUAUGGACCGUUGUUUGACAUGGUUCAAUACCCUGAAAAAUAUGGGUAUGAAGAGGUUAAUGUCGGAUGUUGUGGAUCUGGAUAUGUAGAAACAUCAAUUUUGUGUAAUCAAGCUUCAACUGUGUGCACCGAUGCUUCUAAGUAUGUAUUUUGGGAUGCAAUACAUCCUACUGAAAUGGCAUACAAUGUUGUCUUUAAGGACAUUCGUUCUACAAUAGAUCUCAUCACCAGCGGGUCACUGAUCAAUAAAAGCUCUUCGUCUGCAAAGUCGCAAGCUUGUCGGUGGAUGGACCAAUGGUGGAUGGGUAUGGUUUGGAUAGGUAUGGGUUGGAUAGGUAUGGUUUGUGGUUUUGGAUGGGUAUAGUUUUGUGGUGGACCGGUGGUGGUGGAUGGGUAUGGUUUGUGAUUUAGUGGGUAUCGGUGGUGCUUGGCAAUGGUUUUGAUAGAGUUGAGAUCAGGGUGGUGGGUUUUGGUUGGGGUUGAGAACAAGGUGGGUGUGUGGGUGGGUGGUGGUGGGUUUUGUAGUGGCUGUUGGUAUUGGGGUGAGGCUGGGCUGCAGUGGUGGGGUUUGGAUUUGCAGGUUAUGUGUGGCAAUGAUGGUGGUUUUGGUGGAUGGGUGAAGACGUUGGAUAGAUUUUUUUUUUUUUUUUUUUUUCUACUGUUGUUUGUGGUUGUGAUGGAUCUGGCUGGUAGCUAGUGGCGGCGAUGGUGGGUGGAUGCGGUGAUUGUGAUAUGGGUGGGUGGAUAUGGUGGCCAACGACAUUGGGUUGAGAAAGAGAGACACAGAGGAGAGAGAGACAUAGACAGAGACAGGGAGAGGAAGAAUAAAAAAUAAUAAAGAAAGAAUAUUUAAAUGGAACGUUAAAAAAAUAGUAGAAAUUUUAAUGUAAAGGAUGUUGUAAUAAAGUGAUGUGUUAUAUGUUGUAAAAUUGAUUUUGAAGAUGGUAAAUGUUAAUUUUUUAGAAUGUUUGAUGGGAAUGCUCUAAGAACACCUAAUUAUAUAAGAUUAAAUUGGUUAAUGCAACUAAGUAUUUGAAUUUAAUUGAAAAUUUUAA